AUGGCGCUGGAGAACUCUGUCUUCCCCUCCCGCCCAGAAUCCCUCUCGCUACCCGUGGAGGAGAAGGGGGAAGGGGAAGAGGUGGAGGUGGCCACGGAGGCCACCGCCUCCACGGAAGUCUUCAACCUAUCGGAGGAGCUGGGCCACGUCGUCACCACAGAGACUGCGGCAUCCCCUCCGCCCUCAGUAAAGGUCAACAGGUCGUUCCAGGCCAAGCUGGCCGAGCGGGAGGCGAAAGCCAAUGAGCCCAGGAAGAAGACGCAGGGGGCGGAGAAGGAGAGGGGACGAUUCGGGUGGGCUCGGACUCGGCGCAAGAGGCAGCGUUACGUGGAGAAAAAUGGUCGAUGCAACGUGCAGCACGGUAACAUGCGGGAGACUUACCGCUACCUGACGGACAUCUUCACCACGCUGGUGGACCUCAACUGGCGCUGCUCACUCUUCGUCUUCGUCAUGGCCUAUGCCGUCACAUGGCUCUUCUUCGGGGCCAUCUGGUACCUCAUAGCCUACUGCAGGGGUGAUCUGGACCAUCUGGAGGAUGAGACGUGGACACCGUGCGUCAACAAUGUCAACGGCUUCAUCUCGGCCUUCCUCUUCUCCAUCGAGACAGAGACCACCAUUGGCUACGGCCACCGGGUCAUCACUGACCAGUGCCCGGUGGGCACCAUGCUGCUGCUGCUGCAAGCCAUACUGGGAUCAAUGGUCAACGCCUUCAUGGUGGGCUGCAUGUUUGUGAAGAUCUCGCAGCCAAACAAACGAGCCGAGACGCUGGUGUUCUCCAAGCACGCCGUCAUCUCUCUGAGGGACGACAAGCUCUGUCUGAUGUUCAGAGUUGGCGACCUGCGCAGCUCCCACAUAGUCGGAGCCAACAUGAGGGCCAAGCUCAUCAAGUCCAAACAGACUCAGGAAGGUGAGUUCAUCCCUCUGGACCAGACAGACAUCAGCGUGGGCUUCGAGACAGGCGAUGACCGCCUCUUCCUCGUCUCUCCGCUGGUGAUCUCACAUGAGAUCGACACACAUUCGCCUUUCUGGGACAUGUCUCAGGCCCAGCUGGAGAAGGAGGACUUUGAGAUUGUGGUCAUCCUGGAGGGGAUGGUGGAGGCCACAGGGAUGACGUGCCAGGCGAGGAGCUCCUAUCUGGCGGAGGAGGUGUUGUGGGGUCACAGGUUCAGCCCGAUGAUGUCUCUGGCUGAGGGUUUCUUUGAUGUCGACUACGGAGCUUUUCAUCACACGUUUGAGGUGAACACGCCCUCCUGCUCAGCGCAAGAGCUCUCAAUGGCUGCGGCCAGACUUGACGCUCAUCUCUACUGGUCCAUCUCCAGCAGGCUGGAUGAGGAGCCCACUCUGGCCAACGAGGAGGCCAAGCAGCCGGACAGCGGCUCGGCCAACGGCAAAGGAGGGGAGCCCACCUUCAUUGUCGGGGAGAUGACUGACAUUCAGGAGCAAUCAGGACUGGGCGAGCUAAAUGGCAGCGUCGCCACUGACCAAUCAGAAUCAGAAGCCUAGAACAGAGAAUGUUUACAAAGACCUUCAGUAUAUCACCACCACACCACAGUUAGUGUUUGCAGAUCUUUUAUUUCAAGGCAAAAUGAGUAGUUUAGACUCAGUUCUGCAGUAUACGCCAUAUCUUAUGUUACCACAAUUUUAUUUCUUGAUACUUUUGUCUUUUAUUUCUAUGUUGAUCUUUGUUACAAUUGUAUUGUAUGUGUGCUCUUCUCAAUAUGUUGUGUUAGCUAAAAUCACCCUUGCCUAUAUCUACAUUUAAAUGACAAUACUAUGCUUCAGGUGGGGUCAACAAUAGUAUAUCCAGAGGAGCAGAAUGUUUUUAACAGACAGACGUCAUUUGUCUUGUUGGACCAAAAGGUUCACAUGUGCAGAAUUAAAUGUACGGAUUGUUUAAAUAUAAUAUUUAAAAUAGGUACACAUUAUUUUCACCUAAGCACAAAUAUCACUAGAUAGUAUUGAGAUAUAAAGUAAAAUUGUAGAGACCUCAGCUUUGUUUAGAUGCAAACGUUGUUCAUAGUUUUAUUCCAUAGAUUGUAUAUAAAGAUGGACGAUGUGUCACAGAAAUUAAGCCAAAAAUAUCUUGUAUACAAGUGCCGCCAUUGUGCGCUAUUUACGUCAUUUGGAGCCAGAGUUGUCAGCCGAUACAUGAGGUCGACAAGUUGUGAGUCAGUCUCAGCUGUCAAUCAUCAUCACCCAGUUUUUAUAGCCUAAAAUCCAAAAUAUAAAAUAAUAUUUCUGAUACAGCAAACAUGCACUCGACCAACUGAGAUUCCCUCAGCUGUCAAUCAUGGUGUUCCACUGUGUUUUAUUAGCAUAAUUAACUAACUGUGAAAACUAAAAUGACGUAUAAGUUUGGUCCAUGUCCCAUCCACUAACAUGGAAGAGGCUGGGUUUAUGACCUAUACUGCAGCCAGCCACCAGGGGGCAAUCAAGAACACUUGGCUUCACUUUUGCUGAGCUGUCAUGUUGUCCAUGUUUAUAUACAGUGUAUGAUUUAUUCUACAUUAAUCCGACGUUAACAGGGUGGGGAACGAACACUAGCCAAAACUGUCAACUCUGCGAGAAUCUUAAUUGAGCCACAAACCAUUUAAAACGUUGAAUAGAAACAUUUGGAAAGAGAAUCCAGUGAAUUGCGGCCUGUGGACAACAAAGCCGGUUCCCUGCCCGGAGUAUAAACACGUGUGAUCAUCAGGAGACACAGAGUAUUAUGUUUGUUAAUAACACUAAUAUAGAUUUGCUGACACUCCUCACUGCACUCAGCACAUUAUGGUGAGUAGGAUCUAAAACCUUUAACAUAGAGACAGGUUGUAACAUUCGAGUGUGUCUGUGGCUUUGUUUCACGUAAGAUGUGUGUAGCACAAGGAUUAUCUAUCUUUUGUCCCCAGCCAAGUAGAAAUUAAAAGCACAACAGUGUCCUGCUCAAACGCCUGCUUCUGCUGCUGUGUAUAUAUACAUGUGGCCAUUUUUACUUGAUGUUUUUAAUAUUAAAUAUAAUACAUUGAUUAGAAUUAAUAAACUAUAAUAUA